AUGUGGAAGCUUAAGACUGCAGAGGGUGUAGAUGGCCCGUACUUGUACAGCACAAACAACUACGUGGGCAGGCAAACCUGGGAAUUCGACCCUGAUGCUGGCACCCCUGAAGAGCGAGCCGAGGUUGAAGAGGCUCGACAAAAUUUCUACGAAAACCGUUACCAAGUCAAGCCUAGUGGCGAUCUCCUUUGGCGUAUGCAGUUUCUGAGGGAAAAGAAUUUCAAGCAAACUAUCCCAGCAGUGAAAAUUGAGGAGGGUGAGCAGAUCUCGUAUGAGAAGGCCACUGCAGCACUGAAGAGGUCUGUCCAUUUCUUCUCAGCUUUGCAGGCUAGUGACGGUCAUUGGCCGGCAGAAAAUGCUGGUCCAUUGUUUUUCCUUCCACCCUUGGUUUUCAGUACAUACAUCACAGGACACCUUAACACUGUAUUCCCUGAAGAGCAUCGUAGAGAAAUCCUUCGUUAUAUAUACUACCAUCAGAAUGAAGAUGGUGGCUGGGGAUUGCAUAUAGAGGGUCACAGCACCAUGUUCUGUACGGCUCUUAGCUACAUUUGCAUGCGUAUUCUUGGGGUAGAACCCGAUGGCGGACAGGACAAUGCUUGUGCAAGAGCCCGCAAGUGGAUUCUUGAUCAUGGCAGUGUGACUCACAUGCCCUCUUGGGGAAAGACUUGGCUUUCGAUACUCGGUGUUUUUGACUGGUCUGGAAGUAACCCAAUGCCCCCAGAGUUCUGGAUCCUUCCUUCUUUCCUUCCUAUGCAUCCAGCUAAAAUGUGGUGCUACUGUCGUAUGGUGUACAUGCCUAUGUCAUAUCUAUAUGGCAAAAGGUUCGUCGGGCCAAUCACACCUCUCAUUGAACAAUUGAGAGAAGAACUCUACCUGCAGCCUUACAGUGAAAUUAAUUGGAGGAAAGUACGCCAUUUAUGUGCGCCGGAGGAUAUCUACUAUCCACAUCCUCUGAUUCAGGAUCUCAUGUGGGACAGUCUGUAUAUAUGUACCGAGCCUCUGCUUACUCGUUGGCCCUUUAACAAGUUGGUCAGAGAGAAGGCCCUUCAAGUAACAAUAAAACACAUACAUUACGAAGAUGAGAAUAGCAGAUACAUCACCAUUGGUUGUGUGGAGAAGGUGCUAUGCAUGCUUGCUUGCUGGGCUGAAGAACCAAACAGUGAUUAUUUUAAGAAACAUCUUGCUCGAAUCCCGGACUAUCUUUGGGUUGCUGAAGAUGGAAUGAAGAUGCAGAGUUUCGGAAGCCAAGAGUGGGAUACUGGUUUUGCUAUUCAAGCUUUGCUUGCUAGUAACCUCACUGACGAAAUUGGACCUGUUCUCAAGAGAGGACAUGACUUCAUCAAGAAAUCUCAGGUCAAGGAUAAUCCAUCUGGCGACUUUAAGAAAAUGUACCGCCAUAUUUCCAAGGGAUCUUGGACUUUCUCUGAUCAAGAUCACGGAUGGCAAGUUUCUGAUUGCACUGCAGAAGGCUUGAAGUGCUGCCUGCUAAUGUCCAUGCUGCCACCAGAAAUUGUGGGUGAGAAAAUGGAACCUCAGCAGUUAUACGAUGCAGUCAAUGUUCUGCUCUCUUUGCAGAGCAAAAAUGGUGGAUUGGCUGCAUGGGAGCCAGCUGGAGCUCAAGACUGGUUGGAAAUGCUUAAUCCAACAGAAUUUUUCGCUGAUAUAGUCAUUGAGCAUGAAUAUGUUGAGUGCACUGCAUCUGCAAUCCAUGCCUUGUUUUUGUUCAAGAAGCUGUAUCCUGGGCACAGAAAGAAGGAAAUCGACAAUUUUAUCCCAAAUGCCGUACGCUACCUUGAAAAUGUACAAAUGCCUGAUGGUUCAUGGUAUGGAAACUGGGGAGUUUGCUUCACAUAUGGUUCGUGGUUUGCACUUGGAGGGCUAGCAGCAGCUGGCAAGACAUACACCAAUUGUCUAGCUGUGCGCAAAGGUGUUGAAUUUCUACUCAGAUCCCAGAGAGAUAAUGGUGGCUGGGGAGAGAGCUACAAAUCAUGCCCUGACAAGAAAUAUGUACCUCUAGAAGAAGGCAGAUCAAACUUGGUGCAUACUGCAUGGGCUAUGAUGGGUUUGAUUCAUGCUGGACAGGCGGAAAGAGACCCUACGCCUCUUCACCGAGCUGCAAAGCUGAUAAUCAAUUCUCAAUUGGAGGAUGGUGACUUUCCGCAACAGGAAAUUACUGGAGUCUUCAUGAAGAACUGCAUGUUACACUAUGCAGCAUAUAGGAACAUUUACCCACUGUGGGCACUUGCAGAGUACCGCAAACGUGUUCCAUUGGCUUAAUCCUUUGCAAAAGGGUUACAAACUUGUGAAUCUACAGUGAUCAAACAGCAAAGAAGGGACGGAUUAUAGAGAUUUAUUGAUUCUGUUUUACUACUUUGUACUUUUUUCUUUUGUAUCUAUCAACGAGGCUGUUCAUGAGUGUACAAAUGUCAAUGAGUAUAUGUUCCAUCCUAAAAGUGGAUACGAAAAAGCAUGUAAAAAUGGUAUAUCUUUAAAUAAUAGAAAAGAAAACAAGUCUAGUUUUAUUUUUCA